UCAAAUAUAUUUAUAUCUCUCAAAUAUAUUUAUAAAAGCUUUCUCUUUUAUUUCUUCUUGCCUUUACAUACUGUUGUACCAUACAAUCUCUUCUCGUCACUGAAAAAUCUGAUCGAACAAGAGCCCGACUAUCCAGACGUGUUGAUCUCACUCUCUGUGUCAUCUUCGUCAACAAUUUCCACAACCGUUUGCAUAAAGGUUCCAGCUUUGGAGAAGAGCAACUGCUCAAGGGACCAGUUUGAAACUGCAACUUGAAACGUUCAAGUUCAUCGUUUUCAUCGUUUUCAUCGUCUGUACUCACGGAUUUCAGGUUUCAGUUAAGAUUGUCAUGCUGAAUGUUGCUACCGGGUGGUGGAUUAGGGAUGAAUUCCAUGAUGGAUGAUAUGAAUUUGAUUCAGCAGGCACAGAGGCAUCACUUGGUGGUUCGGGAGCUUGGAGAAGAGAUUGAUUUAGAAAUUGGACCUGGGGAUGAUGAUCCUGCAUUUGCUAACACCCCCCUCAUUGGUGGUCCACCACGAGAACCUUCUGCUGAGGAUCAUGAUGAAAGCAAGAAUAUGGUAAUGGUUUCUCAACUCCCUAGUGAUGACCAAGAUAUGUCAAAGGGACAACCAGUAAAAAGGAAGAAAAAGGUUGUGAAAAGAUGGAGAGAGGAAUGGGCAGAUACCUACAAAUGGGCUUAUGUUGAUGUCAAGGAAGGGACGGCUAGGAUUUUUUGCUCUGUGUGUAGGGAGUAUGGCCGGAAGCAUAGAAGAAACCCCUAUGGAAAUGAGGGUAGCCGGAAUAUGCAGAUGAGUGCACUUGAGGAACACAACAAUAGUUUGCUUCACAAAGAGGCACUUCGCCUUCAAAUGGCUUCCAAGGAUAAGAUCAUUGCUGACAAACCCAUUUAUGUCAAAGCUCUUAUGUCAAAAACGGCUGGAUCAAUCGUUGAAGCUGCACUGAAAAGGGAUCCUCAUGAGGUUGAGUUCAUACAAUCGCUGCAAGAAGUAGUUCAUGCUUUAGAAAGAGUGAUUGCAAAAAAUUCACAUUAUGUAAGCAUCAUGGAGCGCUUGUUAGAACCUGAGCGUAUGAUUGUUUUCCGAGUUCCAUGGGUGGAUGAUAGAGGUGAGACAAAUGUUAACCGAGGCUUUCGUGUACAGUUUAACCAGGCCUUGGGUCCAUGUAGGGGUGGUUUCCGGUUUCAUCCUUCUAUGACCUUGAGCAUUACCAAGUUUCUUGGAUUUGAACAGACUUUAAAGAAUGCCUUGUCACCAUAUAAAAUCGGAGGGGCAGCGGGCGGUAGUGAUUUUGAUCCAAAGGGAAAAAGUGAUAAUGAGGUAAAAUCUUCAUUCUGUUAUAUGUGGUCUCUAGUAGCCUUCUCAGGAGUUCUGAAUGAUUGUCUUCUAAGCUGGCAGGUUAUGCGUUUUUGCCAAAGUUUUAUGAAUGAGAUGUAUCGCUAUUUGGGUAUUGACAAGGACCUUCCUUCAGAGGAGAUGGGUGUUGGUACUCGGGAGAUGGGAUAUCUCUUCGGACAAUAUAGACGUCUAGCUGGUCACUUUCAGGUACCAGAAACACCGGGAAGUUUUACAGGGCCAAGGAUAUUUUGGUCUGGUUCUAGCCUUCGAACUGAAGCGACUGGAUAUGGGCUGGUUUUCUUUGCACAGCUCCUACUUGCAGACCUGAAUAAAGAUUUCAAAGGAUUAAGGUGUGUUGUGAGCGGCUCAGGAAAGAUUGCUUUGCAUGUCCUGGAGAAGCUUAUUGCAUAUGGUGCUCUUCCCAUUACAGUUUCUGAUUCAAAGGGUUAUCUGGUGGAUGAGGAAGGAUUUGAUUAUAUGAAAAUCUCAUUUUUGAGAGAGAUCAAAGCGCAAAAUAGAAGUUUGAGAGAUUAUUCAAAGACUUAUGCCCGAUCUAAGUAUUAUGAUGAAGCGAAACCUUGGACUGAAAGGUGUGAUGUUGCGUUUCCUUGUGCUACACAGAAUGAAAUUGAUCAGUCUGACGCCAUUAGUCUGGUUAAUUCAGGUUGUCGUAUACUAGUAGAAGGUUCAAACAUGCCCUGUACACCUGAUGCUGUUGAUAUUCUGAGAAAAGCUAAUGUUCUAAUUGCUCCUGCAGUGGCUGCUGGUGCUGGUGGACAGGUGGUGGCUGGAGAAUUUGAAUUGAACCACGAGUGUAAUUCAGUGAACUGGUCCCCCGAGGACUUUGAAUCUAAAUUACAGGAAGCAAUGAAACAGACUUAUCAGAGAAGCCUCAAAGCCGCAGCUGAUUUUGGUUACCAGAAAGAAAGUCCUGAGGCUUUGGUACAUGGAGCUAUCAUUUCUGCUUUUCUGACUCUUGCUCAAGCCAUGACCGAUCAAGGAUGUGUAUAGAACUGAAGAAAAUUGUACAAUUAUUUGCAUGUUCCUCAAAAGCUGAUCAGUGUCAUCAACGAUGAACGAAGUUUCGAGACAUGCAUGCGGUUCUCCGUUGCAAGCUGUAGAUCUUUACCAGCUUUACCAUAUUGAUUUCAAGAUCAAGGUGGUAUUUGAGAUAUAGCAGAUUCCGUUGUAACAUAAUAUGUAAUGUUGUAAUAGCCCUGACAUGGAAAAGGGAUAAGGAUAAAUUAUAAUAGGCAGUGCAAGUGAAAAUUGUGUAGUAGCUCAGUGGUAGGAUAGGAAGGGCCUCAAUGUGCAUAGCAGGGAGCACUUCAUAAAGUACUUGUUUGCCUUGUGGAAUAUUUUGGAUAGUGACUGAGAUUGGAAAUAAAUUCUAAUAAUAUGUUAAAAGUUUCUAUUA